GCCGUGGUCGCCAGCAGGAGUACAACUAACAACACAGUCACAAGUUGGCCGAAAACACACUCUCUACAUUGGCGACUGGAGUUGUCUUUUGGGGUCCAUUUCAGGUACACUAUUUAACGGACAUGCUGUAGCUCACAGUGAGGCUCAUUGGAACCAGCUUGGAUCCAGUGGAGUUUCCUGUUACCCUCCGGGCUCUGCCAUGGACUUCUUUAAUGACCCCAGCCUCUUUGUUGGAGGUUUGGAAGGGCUGGAGGAGGAUGGCUUCCCCUCAGCUCCAUCACUUGUGGAUGAGCUAAAUCUCACUGCUGACUUUGAGCCCCUCCAAGUGGAGCCUCUAGACCCAGUGAAGCACCAGGACAUGAUGCCACCAGUUCCUACCCAACAAGCCAUGCCCGCGUACAGUCAGCAGAUGGGUCAUUACAUUGGCAUUAAGGCACAGAAUCCAAUGAGUCAAGCAUUUUCUGGUUCUGGGGCCACAGGUAACGGAGGAGGUGGCGGCGGCAUGAUUGCAGACCCACAUGGCCAGUAUCAUAAUGCUGCCAGAAGCCAAGUACCUCAAUCUAAUGGGCUGUUCUGUAUCAGCAGCAGUCCCAUGUGGGGCAACCAAGACCAGAAUGGAAAAAUGUACCACCCAUUAACUCAACAGCAGCAACAGCUUUGUCAUCAGCAGCAACAGCAACUGCACAACCAGCAACUCCAUGUCAGACAACAACAAACACAGCAGCAGCAACACCACCCAUGUCAUCAACAACAGGAGCAACAGCAGCACAGAAUGCAGCAGCAGCAACAGCUGCAACAACAGCAAAGUCAUCAGCAACAGCUGUUGAACCAGCACCAACAAAUCAACACCCAUGCAAUGUCCCUACAGCAGCAACAUUUUCCUUUUCACCAAGGAGGUCAAUCUCAUAGUCAGCAGCAGGUUCACCACGCCCAGCAGCAGGCUCAGCACCAAACUGCUGUAGGAGGACCAAGGUUUCAUCCAAGGGCUAUGCCAAGUAAGUCUUACAUGGAGGGUCAAAACGCUUCUCUGAGUGGAACUUGCUUGCAACCUCAGCAGCUGCAGGGAAGCUACCAAUUUACAAGGGGAGGCCUAGGACCAGAAGACCCUAACCUGCCAUUCCCCAUGCAUUCAUCAUCCAGGGUUCAGUCCCUGCCCACUGCUUACCAGGCUGCUCAGUACCCUGCCUACCCUGGAGAGCCAGACAUACCCAGUCUCAGUCAGCAGUCUUUGUCCACAGACUCAGUGUCUAUGCCACCACCACCCCCCCCUGCCUCCCUCUCUACUACAGUGCCUGAGCUCUCAGGGACAGUAUGUCCAUUCCCAUCAACUGCAGUUAUGAGGACCCCAGUAAGCCUGGCAGAGGAAUGUCCUUUCCGGGCUUUACGUUGCUCUGGAGAAACCCAGGGAAACUGCGGGUCAUCUGAGAUGUUUGGCGAGUCUAUGAUCUGCUACCCUAGCCUGGCCAGCCAGCUGCCCUCUGAGCAGCCUCAGAGCUGCGGGGCCAUCAACACUAAUGGAUAUCAAGCCUUGGGUGACAAUCUCCUGCCACCACAGGCUCAGGAUGGAGACUUGGAGGGCCUUGAGCCUCCUGACCUGCUGCCUGACCUACUGCCCCAGCUGGAGGCGGCUCUAAGCCAACAGGAUGAAUCCAACCAUUCCUGGGCCGAUUCCAGCCAGGAGAGGGGACGUAAGCACAAGAAACCACAUGUUGAGUACGAGGAAGAAAAGCCUCGAAAGAACGCUAAUGGUCCCGGCAGCCAGGUACGGGUCCUCAGUCCCCCAAUGAAGAGCAGCUCAUCGUCCUCCUCCUCUUCCUCGUCGUCUUCAUCCUCGUCUAGCUCCUCGUCGGAGAAGAGGACGUCGCGGAGGACGCUUGCUCAGAUGGAGUUGGGUACACCGGACAAACAGGAGAAGGCCAAUAGGAUAAUAUCAGAGGCUAUUGCUAAGGCCCGGCAGCGCGGGGAGAAGAACAUUCCCAGAGUUCUGAGCCCCGAGAGCUUCCCCAGCUCUUCCUCGCAGCACAAGCACCGCAAGCGCGAGCACAAAGGAAACGGCAAGGCGCGGGCUAAAGAUAAGGCCUGUAGGAAGGCCCGAAUCAUAACCUCCUCAAAGAACAAACAGAAGGCCAAGAUCGGGAAAAUUGUCAUCAAGAUUGGGAAGAAGAAAAAACGAAAGCAGGCGUCUUCAGCGGAGUCAGACGAUGACCCUCCCCCUCGACACUCUUCUAAGGAUGUAGACUCUAAGAGGAGAUCAAAUCGGCAGGUGAAGAGAAAGAAGUACUCUGAAGAGCUGGAGGCCCGGCUCUCAGAUGACGAGGUCAAGGCUAUUGUCAAAGCCAAGAAAACGAGCUCUGGAGGCUCCAAGCAGCCGGCUGUUCAGCUCUUUGUGGAGAACCCCAGUGAAGAGGACGCUGCAGUUGUUGACAAAAUCAUGUCUUCUCGUAUCGUGAAGAAGGAGGUUUCUCCAGGAGUGGUGGUUGAAGACGAGGAGUAUUUUGUAAAAUACAAAAACUACUCCUACUACCAAUUGUGAGGGGCCACAGAGCAGCAGCUGGAGAAGGACAAGAGGAUUCCGGCAGAGAUCAAACGUUUCAAGCUGAAGAAAGCACAGAGGGCACUCUUCUUCGCAGACAGGGAAGAGGACCCCUUUAACCCGGACUAUAUAGAGGUAGACAGAGUGCUGGAUGUGUCGUAUUGUGAGGACAAAGACACAGGAGAGGAGGUGGUGUACUACCUGGUGAAGUGGAGCUCUCUGGCUUAUGAAGACAGCACCUGGGAGCUGAAGGACGACGUGGAACAGAGCAAGAUAGAAGAGUUUGAGCAGCUGCAGGCAGUGAAGCCAGACUCUCGCAGGACGGAGCGUCCCCCGGCCAAUCUGUGGAAGAAGAGGGAUCAGUCGAGGGAAUACAGGAAUGGCAACGGCCUCAGGGACUACCAGCUAGAGGGGGUCAACUGGCUCCUCUUCAACUGGUACAACAGACGGAACUGCAUCCUGGCAGACGAGAUGGGCUUGGGAAAGACCAUCCAGUCCAUCACAUUCCUGGAGGAGAUCUGCCGUGUGGGCAUUAAAGGGCCAUUCCUCAUCAUCGCUCCGCUCUCCACCAUCGCUAACUGGGAGCGCGAGUUUCGUACUUGGACCUAUCUCAACGUCAUCGUUUACCACGGGAGCAUGGUCAGCAGGCAGAUGCUGCAGCAGUACGAGAUGUAUUUCAGGGACGCACAGGGCCGUGUGAUGCGAGGGGCCUACAAGUUCCAGGCGGUGAUCACCACGUUCGAGAUGAUCCUGGGAGGCUGUCCCAUUCUCAACGCCAUAGACUGGCGCUGUGUUAUCAUCGACGAAGCCCACCGCCUCAAGAACAAGAACUGCAAGCUGCUAGAGGGCUUCAAGCUCAUGAACCUGGAGCACAAAGCCCUGCUGACCGGUACUCCUCUCCAGAACACUGUGGAAGAACUUUUCAGCCUGCUCCACUUCCUGGAGCCGGCACGCUUCCCCUCAGAAGUCCCUUUCAUGCAGGAGUUUGGCGACCUCAAGACUGAAGAGCAGGUCCAGAAGCUGCAGGCCAUCCUGAAGCCCAUGAUGCUGCGCCGGCUGAAGGAGGACGUGGAGAAGAAGCUGGCUCCUAAAGAGGAAACCAUCAUCGAGGUGGAGCUCACCAACAUUCAGAAGAAAUACUACCGCGCUAUCCUCGAGAAGAACUUCACCUUCCUGGCUAAAGGAGCCGGCCAGGCCAAUAUGCCCAACCUGGUGAACACCAUGAUGGAGCUGAGAAAGUGCUGCAACCACCCCUACCUCAUCAAAGGGGCAGAAGAGAAGAUCAUGGAGGACUUCAGGGAGGUGUACAGCCCCAAUGCCUUCGACUUCCACCUGCAGGCGAUGGUACAGUCUGCCGGGAAGCUGGUCCUCAUCGACAAACUGCUGCCCAAGAUGAAGGCCGGGGGCCACAGGGUGCUCAUCUUCUCUCAGAUGGUGCGCUGCCUGGACAUCUUGGAAGACUACCUCAUUCAGAGAAGGUACUUGUACGAGCGUAUAGAUGGUCGUGUUCGUGGAAACAUGCGUCAGGCAGCUAUCGACCGCUUCAGUAAGCCCGACUCAGAGCGCUUCGUUUUCCUUCUGUGCACACGCGCUGGUGGCCUGGGAAUCAACCUCACAGCAGCAGACACCUGCAUCAUCUUUGACUCAGACUGGAACCCACAGAACGACCUGCAGGCCCAGGCUCGCUGCCACCGGAUUGGUCAGAACAAGGCAGUGAAGGUGUACCGUCUGAUCACCAGGAACUCGUACGAGCGGGAGAUGUUUGAUCGCGCCAGCCUCAAGCUGGGCCUGGACAAAGCGGUGCUGCAGAGCAUGAGUGGCCGAGAUAACAGCCUGGGAGGAGCCACCGGGGGGGCGGCCCCUCCGCAGCAGCAGCUGUCUAAGAAGGAGAUCGAGGAUCUGUUGCGACGGGGGGCUUACGGCGCCAUCAUGGACGAUGAGGAUGAAGGGGCCAAAUUCUGUGAGGAGGACAUCGAUCAGAUCCUCCAGCGCCGCACAAAGACCAUCACCAUCGAGUCUGAGGGCCGAGGAUCCACCUUUGCUAAGGCCAGUUUUGUGGCGUCUGGAAACCGCACAGACAUAUCUCUGGAUGACCCCAACUUCUGGGACAAAUGGGCCCAAAAGGCUGACGUUGAUAUGGAAAUGGCUAACGGCAGAAACAGCCUGGUGAUCGACACUCCUCGCGUCAGAAAGCAGACGAGGCCGUUCAGCGCCACCAAGGAUGAGCUGGCCGAGCUUUCAGAGGGCAACAGCGACAGUGACGACUCCAAACCUAAACUCAGGAGAAACCACGACCGCCUCAACAGCUACGGGCGCACAGAGUGCUUCAGAGUGGAGAAGAACCUGCUGGUUUAUGGGUGGGGUCGUUGGAAAGAUAUUCUGACCCACGGUCGUUUUAAGAAGCAGCUGACGGAGAGGGAUGUGGAGUCCAUCUGCAGGGCCCUGCUGUCUUACUGCCUGGUCCAUUACCGUGGAGAUGACAAAAUCAAAAGCUUCAUGUGGGACCUGAUCGCUCCUUCUGAGGACGGACAAACCAAGGAGCUGCAGAACCACCUGGGUCUGUCUGCUCCAGUCCCGCGGGGCAGGAAGGGGAAGAAGAUGAAGAUCCAGUCCAGCUCUUUUGACAUCCACAAAGCCGAGUGGCUCAGGAAACACAACCCAGAGCACAUGCUGCAGGACGACGGCUACAAGAAACACCUCAAACACCACUGCAACAAGGUGCUGCUCAGGGUCAGAAUGCUCUACUACCUGAAACAGGAGGUGAUAGGAAGCCAGGCCCAGAGGGUUUUAGACGGCGUGGACUCCAGUGAUAUAAAGAUCUGGGUGCCAGACCCUGACCACUCGGAGCUGCCGGCCUUGUGGUGGGACGCCAUCGCUGACAAGUGUCUGCUGCUGGGUGUCUAUAAGCAUGGUUAUGAGAAGUACAACACUCUGCGUGCGGACCCCACUCUGUGUUACCUAGAGCGCGUGGGACGUCCGGAUGAUAAGGCCAUCGCUGCCGAACAGAGAGGCAACGACUUCAUGGACGGGGAUGUGGAUGACCCAGAGUACAAGCCUGCCCCCGCCCUGCUGAAGGACGAUAUGGAGGAUGACGCCUCUUCUCCUGGAGAUCUCGUUGUCGUUGACAAUGCCGGAGAUGCAGUUCCAGUGACUGGAAGUCAGACUUCCUACUGGCCUUCCCCCUCAGUGCUGACUGCCAGGCUGAGGCGGCUGAUCACAGCCUCUCAGCGCUUCACCAAGAGCCGGCAGAUCCUCCAGAUCCACCAGACGCAGACUCCGUCUCCCUCCUCCAUGAUGCUGUCCGCUCCCCUCUGCCCACUGCCCCCCACACUCAACGACACCCUCAACCCCAAGAUGGUCGCUAAGAUUGAACGGCAACAAAGAUGGACGAGGCGAGAAGAGGCUGACUUCUACCGUGUGGUCUCUACUUUUGGAGUCGUUUUCGACCCGAGCCUCGGCCGGUUUGACUGGAACAAGUUCAGAGCCAUGGCUCGGCUGCACAAGAAGACCGACGAGAGCCUGCAGAAAUACCUGUGUGCUUUUGCCGCCAUGUGCCGGAGGGUGUGCCGCCUGCCACCCAAAGAGGGAGACGCUGCGGUGGAGCCGUCCCUGAACAUCCAGCCCAUCACAGAGGAGCGAGCGUCUCGAACGCUUUACAGGGUGGAGCUGCUUCGCCAGGUGAGGGAACAAGUCCUUCGCCACGAGCUGUUCUACGAGCGCCUGCUGUUGUGCCAGAUGAGCUCCGACCUGCCCGUCUGGUGGGAGGCAGGAACCCACGACCGAGACCUGCUCAUCGGGGCCGCCAAGCACGGAGUCAGCCGCACAGAUUACCACAUCCUGAGGGACCCCGAGCUCAGCUUCAUGGCGGCACAGCGCAACUACAGCCAAACAAAGACCGCUCAGCAGCAUUCACACACACCCACCCCUCUCCUACACCCUCAGUGCCAGCCCAGCAGCUCCAUGUUGACGGGCUCUCCGCUGCCUCCUCCGACCCACACAGACGCAGAGCUCGGUGGGGUCGUACCCAAAGUGGAGCCGGCCUCAGAGGGGGAGGAGGGCAGGGAGGAGGGCAGGGAGAAGCAGGCGGAGAGAUGGAGCCCAACUCGAGCACCAGCGACUCCCACGGGUCUGGAGGAGAAGCCGCUGUUUGAGAUGAUUGGUGGCGAGAUGCAGUUGGUUGCAGCGUGCACCAAGCCCAUCACCCCCAACUCCUCCGAGAGGAAACCCAAGAAGGCCAAGAGGCGCCGCAGGGAGGCCAAGAGGGGCUCUGAGUCCGACUCAGGCGGCUCCUCCUCCAGCUCUUCGUCGCGCUCCUCUUCCACCUCCUCAUCCUCCUCUUCUUCCUCAUCACAUUCCGGGUCCAGCUCCUCGUCCUCUUCGUCGUCUUGCUCCUCUGGUUCCUCGUCAUCAUCGUCUUCCUCCUCGUCUUCUUCCGAUGGCAGCAACAGUGAGGGAGAGGAAGGGAAGAAGAAAGUGCCUGCAGCAGCAAUGGUGAAGGGCUUUGACGAGGACAGCGUGGCGUCUCUGACCAUGACGCAGGAUGAAACCCAGGAACCUCACACGGCUGAGAACGGCAUCACCAACAACUCCUCACAUCCCUUCCAGGGAGGAGGGUACAUGCUCGCUGCAUCCUACUGGCCAAAGGAUCGUGUGAUCAUCAACCGCCUGGACAGCAUCUGCCAGGCGGUGCUGAAAGGCAAGUGGCCGGGAACACGUCGGGUGUACGAGCCCGGUGCCGUGGCCUCCUUCUACACAACCAAGCUGCUGGACAAUGCCAACAGUCUGUGCGAGGACCCCUCCGCUUCUCCACAGGGGUCAAAGGUGACCAAGCAUGUUGCAGAAAACAAGGAGUUCUCAGUAAAACUCAACGAUCAGGAGGGAGGUCUGAAGUUGACCUUCCAGAAACAAGGUCUACCUCUGAAGCGGCCCCUGGAGUCGGAGGAGGGGCCCCAGGCGCAGCAGCAGUACCUGGCCCGCCUUCAGGAGCUGCAGAGCGCCUCGGACACCGGCCUGGCCGACAUCACCAAGCCUCAGUGCAGCUUCCAGAGCGUUCCUCCAGGUCUCCCUGCUCAGAUGAGGCUGAACGGAGCACUGGACGGCCAGCCAGUGGUGAAGAGGCGGAGAGGGAGGAGGAAGAACGUGGAGGGGAUGGACCUGCUCUUCAUGAACAGGAACAGAGCCCCUGCUGUUCCUGAUCAGGUGCCUCCAGGGUGGGGGGGUAUUGGUCAGGUGGCCAUGGCUGUGGCCCCGGUGCCGGGCUACAGCCAGAGCUCCAGUCAGGCGCCCGCAGACACUGACAGCCGGGUGCCCGUCAUCAACCUCAAAGACGGCACUCGGCUGGCAGGGGAGGACGCCCCCCGGAGGAAAGAUCUGGAACAGUGGCUGAUGGAGCACCCUGGCUUUGUGGCAGACACAGGAGCCUACAUCCCUGGGGUGAAUAAGAUGCAAAUGCAGUUCCACUUCCAGGACGGUCGGCCCAAACAGAAGAGGCACCGCUGCAGGAACCCAAACAAGAUCGAUGUGAACAGCCUGACCGGAGAGGAGAGGGUCCAGAUCAUCAACAGGAGGAAUGCACGCAAGGUCGGUGGAGCGUUUGCUCCUCCUCUGAAGGAUCUGUGCCGGUUCCUUCAGGAGAACCCCGAGUACGGAGUCCCACCUGAAUGGGCUGAUGUCGUCAAACAGUCGGGUUACCUCCCAGAGAGCAUGUUUGACAGGAUCCUGACGGGACCCAUCGUUCCUGAGGAGGUGAGCCGGCGUGGACGUCGACCCAAGAACCCUCUGGCCAAGGCAGCAGCGGCAGCAGCAGCAGCAGCAGCAGCUUCAGCCCCAAACCCCGCUGCCAUGGGCCUGAACCCCCUGCUGGCCAACGGGCUGCUCUCUGGGCUGGACCUCAGCAGCCUGCAGGCCUUCCAGCAGAACCUGCAGAGCCUCCAGAGCCUGCAGCUCACCGCCGGCCUCAUGGGGCUGCCGACCGACGCCAGCAACCUGGCCGCCAGCAACCUAGCCGCCAUGUUUCCCAUGAUGCUCUCUGGUAUGGCCGGAUUGCCUAACCUGAUUGGCAUGAGCAGCCUGCUGGGGAAGCCGGCUCAGGACGGCGCAGGAGGCUUCGAGGAGAAGACAAAGGGAAGCGGCGCAGCAGGAGAACCGUCUGCCUCGAAAGCCUCAGAGCCCAGAGGAGAAAGGACAGAGGGCUCAAACUCCACUCCUUCCUCCACUUCCAGCUCCUCUUCCUCCGCCCCACUAAGUGCUUCAGCUGCCUCUUCACUGUCUCUCAACCCCUUGUUACUCUCCAGUAUGCUUUACCCAGGGAUGCUUCUCACUCCAGGCCUUAACCCCCCCACACAGCCGCAGAGCUCUAACUCUGGCCCCCCCCUUCCUCCUGCAGGCUCUUCGCAGGAGAUCGCUCGGCUAGCGGCACAGAGGGACGCAGAGGAGGAUGACGAGGCAUUAGAAGACGAUGAUGAAGAAGAAGAUGACUCAGCAGAACAGAAGGAGAACAGUGGUCCUGACGGUUCGGGGAAAGCUGAGUCAUCUUCCUCAGAGUCUGGGAGCUCCUCUUCAUCGGAUGAUUCAGACUCCAGUGAUUAGGACUGAUCCUAUGAAUAUAAUUAUAAAUUUAUUUAUGUAUCGCCUAGAAAUGUAUACAUAUAUUCACAUAUAUAUGGAUUUUCCAGCACUUAUGUUGCGAUUUCUUUACAUGUAAAUACAAGAACUAACAAAAACGUUGUGUAAAAAAGACCACAAAAACCUUUAAAAAAAACAGUAAAACUGACUUAAAAAGAACUGAAAUAAAAUGUCAGUGUUUGUUCACAAGGUACAGUCUUGUUUUGAGACAUUUUGCAUGUCAGACUUUAGUAGAUUUCUGAACUCUGUGAACCUGUACCACACUUAUGUACAAUUGCAACAAAAAAACGGCAUUAUUGUAAUUAUGUCAGGAUUUAAUUUUAUUAAAAAAGUGAAACUACAUCAACAUGCUCGUUGAGCUGUACUAUUAAUAUAUUUUGAUUGUUUGGGGCCGGGGGAACGAGACUUGACAAACACUUUUCUUGUAAAUAGUCGGUACUUUUACAGGUUCGUUGACACUUAUGCUUUGCAGAUCAUACGUUGGAUAUGUCAGCAAUAACUUGGGCAGCUAAUGAAUGUCACUGAAGCUGUAGAUUCUGUCUGCCAUGUUCCACCCAGUGCACAACUCACCUGUCAUAUCACGUCGACUUCAUUUCUGUAUUAGUCCACAUCCUUUUUGGAAACAGUUACCUGAAGCUCACUCUUUGCGCUUCACUUUGGGGAAAUCUAUGGAAGUAUUAUGUUUUCAAUCCGCUUAAAUCUGUCAAAAUGGAUCGUAAUUGAGAUUUAAGUUUUCACAUUUAAUUUGAGAAACAUGUCCAAGGCGCACUUUAGCUUCUGACAGCAGGUGUACACACUCACUUGCACACACAUGUUAAUAAUGACUUAAGUGUCAGUCUAAUAAAGCUGUGGGACAGAAAACAACCUUUUACUGUGUGCCAAAAACUGCCCUCUGACCCUCUGAGGUCCUCAUUUAGUUACUUUUGAAAGAAUUCAGGAUGUUAUUACUACCACCCCGGCAUAUUUGGCUGCAUCUUACCUCAACUGUUAAAAUGGUCUGACUUCACUGUGCAACUGUGCAUGGGUGUGUGUUAUUGCUGUCCAUGUACAGAACAUAAUGUCCUUGUUUCUGCUGGAACGUGUUUGUCAGAGGCUGUGUUUUUUUACUCAGAGCUUCCACUGUGUUUUCCGUGGUUUCACUCCUCACCCGGUAUCUCCUGCUUCCAUCACUUCCAGUCUGAAUGCUGUGUAUUAAGGGGGGGCCCUGCAAAGCUAUGACCAGUAAAAAACGUUGACCUUCUAACCUUAGAAAUUUGGAGGACAGACCUUUGAUUCUGUGUACUUUGGAAACAUACAAGGCACAAGCACAAAACAGUUAAAGUCCCUCGCUAAGAUUGAGUAUUAUCCUUUAGUGCCAGACGGGUCCGCUUCAGGAAGGGCUCGGUAAAAGCAGCUUGUGUUGCUGGGAGUUUGCAGCUUCUUCAUGUGUUUGUCACUUUGUCUCGGAUUGUGUUCUGCUGAUGAAUGGAGCUUCAGCUAGAUGUAGAAGUGCCCUUAUCCUGUACCUCACGCUCGCAUUCACCUCCCGUCUGACAAACACCUCUGUGCUCCACGCUUGUUUCGUCCAUCGUCGUCCCUGCACACGUUCAACCAGGAUACACAUAAACACUGGAGUUCACUCAAAGCCGAAGUACCUUUUUGUAAAUUCUCUGCUUGCUCUAGGACUGCUGUUACACAGCGGACUGUUAGACACACGUUUCAAAAACAUUUCUGAAGUGAGGCUUUUGUUCUGCCUGGGUACAACAGAGCCCCUCUGACUAACUCAGUCUGUUUAGCUCUUCAGUAUUGCUGUAGCAUCGUUCUGUAGUGGGUGAAACCACGAGCUGCCCCUCGACUCAAGACUUGUAUUAAUUUCUAAUGUUGCUUUCAAGUGAUUUCCUUGUAUGCCUGUUAUAUAUAAAUAUAUAUAUAGACCUCGUCAUGGGUUUUUGCUUGCAAUGCAAUUUGCUUUUUUUUAUAUUAUUACUAACAGUACAGUAUUUUUCUAUGUCUGAGCAAAGAUCUUAAACACGCCACUGUCAUUUUGUAAAUCUGCACCUCUGCUUUCUUUAACUCGUAGUGCCCUUAUGCAAACACCCAGCCAUUGCUAUUCUGCUGUAGGUGAUUCAUUUUCUUUUGGUUGCCCCACAGCGAUGGGUUACCGGAUUGUGCGGAUCCUAUUAAGGACACAUAUAGGGGGGGGGGGGGGUAAAAGUGGUAGACAUAAGAUUGGACUGCUUAUUUUUCGCUUGUUUUAUUUUAUUUUUAGGUUGUACUGUACAAGGACUCCCGAAGCACUGCUAGUGCUAAAGAGGAGGUGUAGAAUCUGCGUUAAACACGAGUAACAAAAUGACCAAUAUGCAAGAGGAAUGACGGAACACACUACUGCUGUACAGGGGGGGGGUAUUUCUGUUCCAUGUAAUCACUGAGAUGGCAAAACUAGCAUCGUUGGUUUUGUAUUUUGCUUUCAAGCUUGAUAAUAUCCUAAAUGUCACUCUGGUCAGUUUUUGUCUUUUUUUUCUUUCAUUGGACAGUUGUAAUAUUUGCAAGUUUUGGUCUGUGUAUUCAAAAUAACUCUUUAUGUAGUGCAGGAAAACACGUCUUAAAUUCAUUUGUAAUUUAUUGGAUUACUUUCUAUGAAGUUCUAUAGAGGAAAUUGAGGUUUAAUUAUUUUUAUUAAACAUAUUCUUCUGACUAUCAA